GUGAACGUAGCAUAGUUGAACGCGACGGAGAGGAGAGGAAAGAAAGGGGGCAAGGAAAGGACCUGUAAUAAAUUCAGCCUCGUACUCUUGGCGCCAAUCCGAUUUAAAGAGAACAAAAACAGCAUUUUUUUUUUCAUUGAUGUUUUAACCAAAUGUUCGCCUAAGUGCUGGUUCUCCCGCAGCCAUCAGUCGGUGCUACAUCCAGCUAGCCUCGUUAGCGCACAUUCAUUGUCAUAUUAAUCUGGCCCCUUCUCUGUGGUGACGAGACUAAUAACUCAACAACAGCACAGCACGCGGACAAUAGGUGUGUUUCUCUCUCCGGGGGAUCGAUACCAAACAGCUGCAAAAUGGGGAGGAAGUCCAACAGAGCAAAGGAGAAGAAGGCCCGGCGUCAGGAAGAGAGGGCAGCCAUGGAUGCCGUCUGUGCCAAGGUGGAAGCAGCCAAUAAGCUCGAUGACCCACUGGCUGCCUUCCCAGCCUUCAAAAAGUACGACAGAAAUGGGCUGAACCUGCAGAUAGAGUGUAAAAGAGUGACCUCCCUCAACCCGCUGUCUGUGGAGUGGGCCUUCGAGCUCACCAGAGCCAACAUGCAAACACUGUAUGAGCAGAGCGAGUGGGGGUGGAAGGAGAGGGAAAAGAGGGAGGAGAUGAACGACGAGAGGGCGUGGUACCUACUGGCCCGCGACGGAGACUCCGCCCCCGUGGCCUUCUCUCACUUCCGAUUCGACGUGGAGUGUGGGGAGGAGGUUUUAUAUUGCUAUGAGGUACAGUUAGAGAGCAGAGUGCGGAGGAAAGGACUUGGAAAGUUCCUCAUCCAGAUUCUACAGCUCAUCGCUAACAGUACGCAGAUGAAGAAAGUGAUGUUGACAGUUUUCAAACACAACCACGGGGCUUACCAGUUCUUCAGAGAAGCUUUACAGUUUGAGAUCGACGAGACUUCGCCGAGCAUGUCCGGCUGCUGCGGCGACGACUGCUCCUACGAGAUCCUCAGCCGGCGGACCAAACACGGCGAGGCCUCGGCGGGACACACCCACGGGGGUGGCCACUGCGGGGGCUGCUGCCACUGAUCCGCUCCGGCUCCACCCUUUUUAUGAUUGGUUAAAAAGCCAGCAACUUUCGUGGCUGUGUGUGAAAGCUUGAGCUGCCUGCUACUCCGCAAGCGUUUUGAGUUUGCCCUCCCCCCGGCUGUAGAGUGCCGUUUAAAAGUGAACCCACGGCGGAAUACCUGGCAACAGGUAUUGGUGUCGCAUUAUGGAUUUGUGUGUGUGUGUGUGUGUGUGUGUGUGUGUGUGUGUGUGUGUGUGUGUGUGUGUGUGUGUGUGUGUGUGUGUGUGGGUGGUCCUGCUCCAAAAAGCAGUGUGAGCUUUCACACAUGGCUCCUGUUCUUUCUUCCUUAUUGGUUCAAUGUCCAAGCCUUCAUUCUCUUAUCCCAGUUACUGACGACAAUUAGUAGUUCCCAGUCAAGAAAAAGCAAAGUCAUGGCUGACAUUCUUUACCACGACAAUGAGCCUGGUCUCCUAACGGGCCGUGUGCUGUAUUCAAUCACCCUGCAGCGCUUCUUAAACUGUGGCUCGGGACCCGGCCUGAGGCUGUAUUAUAGAAACUCACUACCUCAAGUCAAGGCGUCGCCGUACAUUUUUCUAAAUAAAUCACGCCCUCGUUCAAGUUCCCAUCACAUAAGAAGAUGUAGUCGGUUUCUGUUAUACAGCCCCGGAUUUCUUUUGGGGGGCCCCCCCACACUGAGACUACCAGCUUGUGUCACUGAACCAGGGUCCCACGAUUAGGCCUAAAGUACUCACAUCUGGGUCCCAGAAAACAGUCAAACCCUGCUGUACCGUGAUACCACCUGUUGUAUCCAAAUAUGGCCUGUAAGUGGUUUUGUAACAAGUGAAGUGCAGCUAGCAGCAAACUCCACAUCGGCCCAUUCUUAAAAUCUGCUGCUGUCAACUUAAUCCCAGUCGGACUCUCUUGCUCAUUCAGAUGUUCCCUCAGUUCAUUUCUGAAUCAGAGUUGCAUGUCAUUGUUUCCACGCUGACAGAUUCGCCCUCGCCAUAACGUGUGUUCACAUCUGUAAUAUAGCAUCCUCCCAGUCCGUUGCUUUCUCCUCUUCUUUCUGCCUCCGUGUCCUCGAGGUCCCGGUCGAUGACUGCGGACCCGUUCAUGUUGCUCUCAUCUUCAGUCCCCCACCCCCCCAUUGUACAAUUGCAUCACUCCCGCUCGCCUCUCCGUUCGCUUCCUUUCCAAGAGGUACUAAUGAUAAACAAGUUGAUGUUGACGCUACCUUUUUUUAGCUGUAUUUAAAAAAUACUACAGAACCAUCCUCCAUCCCUUCUCUUACAUAGUCUGUUAGCAUGAGCGAAUCAUAUUGAUUUAACAUGGAUGAGGAUCGGUAGAAGUCACCGUUUCAUUAUGUGGCCGCCUGAGGCUGAUGAAUGCUUUUAGCUUCGGAGGAGGGAACACAGAUCGGAUGGAUGGAUGAUGGAAGUGAUUGCAGAGCACCGAAAGUGUUUUUUUUUUUUUGUUUUGUUUUUAAAUGGUCGUUAUUCCUCUUCUUCUCAUUAGCACCCGUUUUGCGGCCCCACUGUCAUUAGAUUGUAUGACAAAGUUUAGAAGUGUUAACACAAAACUCGUAGUCUAGAUCAUGAUCAACAGCGCUGUUUUGAACAAGUGUCCCAUAAUUCAGUGCAUGUUAGAAAUAUGUGAUGAGGGAGCUGUGUGAAAUUUGAAAGUGAGUGCUGACAUUCGGUAUUCCUUAAAGUCCGUACGAUAAGAUUUGUACCGUACACGUGGAACAUGGUUCCUGUUCCACUUUGGAUUUUAGAUGCCACAUUGCCGUCGAUCUGUUUAAUUCCAUGUCUGUUUACAAAACCUUCAGGGUAUUUUUGGACAGUUUCGCGUGCUGGUCUCCCGGAUAAGAAGCCCCGUCUAGAAACCACCAUCAAACCCUUCUUGAUUCCAGGAUUGUAGUCGGUUUGUACAGAUUGUCCUUGUGGGCUGGAGAUGUAAAAUAAUAUCACUUUACCUUUCUGCUGUGGAUGUAAAGGUUCCUCCAUGUCGUGUGGCUGUGAAGGGCUUUAAUUGGUGCGUUUUGAAACGUUUGUUCUUUUUUUUAACGGUCAUAUCGAGGCUCAACUUGAGGUUUGUCUCAGACGAAAGUAUGUGAAGCAGGGCAGACUGAAAUAUGAAGUCGACGGACUCUUUCUUGCACCUAGAUACAGAAAUACUCCGUGUUACAAAAGAUCAAAAUGUUAUGUAUCACCAAAAACAAAAAAAAAUGAAUUUUGGAUGACAAAUCCAGAUCGUGGGGUGAAAGUUUGUGGUUGCUUCUAGACUGGGUAGAGACUUAUAAAGUAUUCAGCACCUCAAGACCACAUGUUGGUGUCUCAUGCUUGUUUGAUCAUGAACAACAAAAUAGUGCUUGUUUUAGUCCUAGACUACCUUCUGAUAAGUACAGUAAGUCUUUUUUUUGUACUGCAUAGGUUACAAUACAAAGGGGAUGUUGUACAUAGUGGUAGUAUAUCAACCGACUGACAGUCUCUCUCUCUCUCUCUCUCUCAGGUUAAUCAAACGUAAUCAAACCUCAUCUGUUUUAUUUAACAGCCAUGUCAGCUGGAUUAGAUUGGCCCCAGCUCUGACCUAGAGUCAGUUUUUUUGUUUGUGUGUCAUGCCGUAGUAUUUUUACGAUGUGUUACAGUAAAAAGGAAGAAGCUCCUCUGUCUUGGAAAUGUGAAAGUGAAUGACACAAAGUUUGAACUGACCCUAGAUCAGUGCGCAGUGUUUACAUUAAAUCCAGAUAGGUGGGCUGUCUUUAAAAUAAAAAAAAAAGGCUCACUGGAAGUAAAAAUCAGUUUGUGAAAAAAUCUUAAGUUUAAAAAUGAGCCUAAACUCAACCAGCUUAUUUUAAGUCAGUGAGUGCUUUUAUUUUGGAAAAUGGUUACAAACCCUCACAAAAUCACUGAUCCUUCUCUUGGUCCUUUCUCUGUGUAUGUAUGUGUGUGUGUGUGUGUGUGUGUGUGUGUGUGUGUGUGUGUGUAUAUAUAAGCUGUUGUGGAUCCAUCUUCAUUUUCAUUUCUUGGCCUUUUACAGGUGAAACACUUUUUAAACAUGUUGUUGAAAGUGAAGCUCCAUGUUUGAGAGUGAGUGUUACAGUCCUGUCCAUGAACGACAAUGAAAGGGAAAACUAAGUCAUUCUGCCUUGUCAGUGUUUUAUUUGUAUGUUACAAAUAAAGGAAAGUUGUUUGACUUUUCAAGAGAU